AUGGCGGGGAGAAUGCUAAGAUGGUCCCUGGAGCUAUCCGAAUUCGACAUCCAAUAUGAAAGCAGGAAAGCACUAAAGGCCCAAGCGCUCGCCGAUUUCGUCGCUGAAAUGACUUUGAUCACCUCCUCUCCCCCUCCCGCCGAGCACAAAUGGACCAUAUACGUUGAUAGCGCCUCCAGCAGCUCGGGGAGCGGAGCUGACAUCAUCCUGGAAAACGACGAAGGGCUCAUCAUCGAAGUGUCCUUGGUUUUGUCUUUCCCCAUGUCGAACAACCAAGCCGAAUACGAAGCCUUCCUAGCAGGCUUACGGCUGGCCGAAGACGUGGGCGCUCGGGAGGUGAAGAUCUACACCGACUCCCAACUCGUCGCAUCCCAGGUCAACGGUGAGUACCAAGCCAAGAACGACGUGCUCGUUGAAUACCUCGCCCUCGUCAAAGAUAAGAUGAAAAAGUUCGCGAGGGCUGAAGUAGAGCAUAUCCCUCGGGAACACAAUACCCGAGCAGACGUCUUAUCCAAACUCGCGAGCACGAGAAAGAAAGGUGGAAACAAGUCGGUGAUCCAGGAAAACCUGUCAAAGCCGAGCGUAGAUAAAAGCACUUCCCACCUGCAGGUGCUCGCUAUAGGCGACGAUCAUUGUUGGAUGACCCCGGUGUAUAACUUCCUUACGAAGAAUGAAUUGCCGGCCGACAAGAAUGAAGCUUCAACGAUCAAAAGGCGUGCCUACCUGUACACCGUCCUUGAAAACAAACUAUACCGACGAGGAUUAUCCAUCCCCCUCCUUAAAUGUGUCGACGCAUCACAGGCGCUCGAGAUACUACUGGAGCUUCACAAAGGAAUUAGCGGCCAGGACCUCGGCGGCCGCUCUCUGGCCAGAAAAGCUUUAAGAGUCGGGUACUAUUGGCCGACCAUGCAGCAGGACGCCAAAGAGCACGUCCAGAAAUGCGAUAAGUGUCAGCGCCACGCCGACAUGCACUUGGCUCCCCCAAACGAGCUCAAGUCCCUGUCCUUUCCCUGGCCCUUCUCUACAUGGGGGAUGGACCUCCUCGGACCAUUCCCGGUCGGUUCAUACCAGAACAAAUAUCUCGUGGUCGCCGUGGACUACUUUACCAAAUGGAUAGAGGCCGAAGCGCUCGCCAAAAUCACGGCCGAAAACGUACUGCGCUUUUACAAGCGAAACGUACUUGCUCGGUUCGGGGUUCCAUAA